GCCGGGACAACCAGUCCUCGGCCCAAGGGAAACCCACCCGCGGCCGCCGGUUUUCCUCCUCCAGGCUGCCGCGGCGGCCACCCCCGCCCGCCUCCCUCGUGCGCCGCUCCCUUCCUUCCCUUGGCAUUUACUCCUCUCGCUCGCAGGGAGAGUCCGCGGCGGAAGCGAACCCAGAAGACCCGCCUCUGGAGGACGAGGAGCCGGCCACCCUUUGCUUGCGAGCUUUGCUAGCUGACCCGCGUGGUCGGUGCUGGUACUAGGUUCAUAACUACUUCUUGUUAGGUUUUCCUAGCCUGGACCCUGGAAUAAUGGCUCUAGUUUCUAUAUGACAAAACAAGUUUUUAGAUAGUCUUAAACAAUCUCCUUGUUACCAGUGGUCCUAAUGAGUUCUCAAUUCCAGCGUCAUUCAAGAAGUUUCUGUUAGGCAACCUUACCAAAUUGUUUAGAUCUGCUUUCAUGGGAAACAUUGUUAACACUGUUAAGAGGUUCUCAAGCAAUGAUGCUACUGCUAUUCUGGUCCAGAGGUGUUCCAACUUGUCAAUUGGGACAUCAAGAUUAGACAAAUGCACUUGCAUUGGUAAUGGUAUUUCAAUGACAGGGGAAACUGCAUUAGCUUCAAAGGGAGGCAGUAUUAAUGGUUGCAAGGAUUUCUGUGAGGUUGCUAAUGAGAAAAUGCACAUGACUCCAGGCAGCACUUCAACAAAAGGAUGUCUUGGUGAUAUUGAUUUGCUUACUCCACCCAUGGUUCAUACAAGACCAUCUGGGAGUGAUGAGGGCAAUAAUGAGAGAGAAACUCCAAAUGGAACUGCUCACAAUGAUGCAAAAGAACUUGGGUGUGUUGAUCAUUCUGAAAAUUCUGGUUUGAUUUACAGCCAGAGUGCUGGUCAUAUGUUUCACAAUUUCUAAAGAGUCUUUGUGUAAAGUAUCUCUUGAAGGCAACUCUUUUAGAAACCCUAAGCUAGCAGAUGCUGUGGAAAGUAGUCCGGCGGCAGAUGCACAUAAGGGCAAAGACUUACUUUACAGGGUUUCUCCUGCGGAUGGUUUGUUUGAUAGCACUGUUUGUGAAGAAUUAGCUGAUGGGGCUCUUGAUUCAUGUUAUAAAUGCAAUGCUGAGGUUUCAUUAGAUGGGCAAAGUAAUGAACAAAGCAAACAGCACAAAUCAGUGAAUUAUGAUGUGGUACCAAUUGAAGUAAUAGCACCUUGUGCUAAUUUAGACGUCAGUAACCCUAAGUCUUCAUCAAAGGGACGAGCAAAAUGGAAAAGAAUUGCUAGUGUCAAGUCAGAUGUUGGUACCAAAGGAAAAUACUGGAAUUUUAGUUCCUUCGGAUCAGAUUUGUGUGGAAACUCCUACAAGCGUAUUGGUGGAGAGAAAUUCUGGGGAUGAAAUUUUGCAGGGUACUCCUAGAUCAAGAAUGACUAAAACUCCACUUUCAUAUGUGCACCACUCUCCACUUACUCGCAGUAAGUCAAUGGCAUUGUCUGUUGCCACUUCUCAAUGUGUCAAAAUGAAACGAUCUAAGUUGCAUCGGUCUCCACUUACUCGCAGUAAGUCGAAGUCAUUGUCUAUUGCCACUCCUGAAUCUGUCAAAAUUAAACAAUCCAGAUCAGGUCGGCUGAUAGUUGCACGACUGGAUCCGGGAUCCCAAAACAUUACCUAUGGCCCGGAUGGUUGUAUUUGUGGGAUAACCAACUUGGAAGCAUCAUUUCCUCAGGCAGGGAUCAGUUCAGAGCCUCCUUCUAAGAGGAGAAUGUCUCAGCGUUUGUCACCAGAUCUCUAUAGACUGCUCACAUUUUAGUGAUGUUUUGAUGAAAUGUUGCUGCUAGCAUGUUGUAGCUUGCCGGUCUCUUGUAACUAUGGAACCACCCGAGGUGGAUUGCGUGUUUGUCAUGUUGACCGGCUUCUCUCUAGUCUCACUGCUCGUUGUAUCUAUAACCUGCUGUAAGGCUUAGGUGCCCAUUGACAUGAAUAUUUGUAGGGUUCUAGUAUGCAUCAUCAGUUUUUUUACUGUUUCUGAAGAUACCGGACCUCACUUCUAGUGCCUUACAAUGGGAAGGUGAUAUUUUGAUCAACGUGCAAAGGUGGAAAAUCAUGCUGUGCUUUUUUG